AUGUCAGGGGCACAAGGAGCACAACCAAAAGAGUCAAAGACAGCAACAACUGAGUCAGUAGAUGGAGGAAAGAAUCAAACUAGGACUGAUUUGCGUUCAUGGGAGGAUCAAGGUAGCAUUCAGGUGGAUAAGCUUCAGGAGAAGGUUACUGACCCUGCUGGCAAAGGUGGUCCUGUGUUUGGUGCUGGUAAAGAUGAGAACAAGAAAGACCUUGGAGUUACUGGCACUGGCUAACCCUACUACUACUACUACUAUGCAUAUAUAAAACUAGUAUCUUAUUAUGAUGCUUCUUCAAAAUUCAGCCACUGUUUGUUUUCUUUGUGUUUUCUUUAUUGUGGGUUAGAAUUUUUGUGAAAAUUGAAGUGUUGUAUGAAUCUUCCUUAUGAUGUAUGUAUGUAAGAUUUUAUGGAAUAAAAAGGAAGAAAGUUGU